AUGGAGACGGUGACAUGGAGUGUGUUGCUGGUGUCCAGGUGCCUCCGCAGUCUUGCUCUGGUGGCUGUCACUCAGGAGGAGCACACUACCCAGAUCCCUGCUUGCUCGGUCUACGGAGGGUGUGGAAGCAUCGUGCACAGGGAUGUGUCCGUUUGGGCCAGUGUGGAGAUGCACGGACAGCGGGCCCAAGUACACAGCACCCUGGGGCAGCUGGACAGACCAGAUAAAAGUAAAGAGCUCUGCAGAGCGCCCUGCCCUCCCACCCUGCUGCUGCGCACAGAGAGGAAGAGCCGGGCUGGAGCCAAGGAGGAUGAGGAGCCCCCGUCGAUGCUCAGGAGAGGAGAGGAUGGCGCAACCAGAGGCAGCAGGCCCGUGGCCUCCACCCCCGUGCCUGGAUCCCCGUGGUGCGUGGUCUGGACGGGAGACGACCGGGUUUUCUUCUUCAACCCCACGAUGCAGCUGUCAGUCUGGGAGAAGCCAACGGACCUGAAGAACCGCGGGGACCUCAACAGGAUCAUCGAGGACCCGCCCCACAAGCGCAAGCUGGAGGCCUCAGCAACCCAUUGCAGCGAUGGGUCCAGUUCUGAAGACAGCAUGGAGGAACAAGACGUGAAAACCAAGCGGAACCGGACUGAAGGCCUUGAGAGUCCAGAGCUGGAGGAGGCAGAGAAAGAGGACAGAGGUGUGAGGACGCCACCUCCACAGACCCUCCUACCCCUGGAGGAGCGGGCAACCCACUUCCGAGACAUGCUCCUGGAGAGAGGGGUGUCAGCGUUUUCCACCUGGGAGAAAGAAUUACAUAAAAUUGUGUUUGACCCACGUUAUCUCCUGCUAAACUCUGAAGAACGAAAACAGAUAUUUGAACAGUUUGUCAAGACCAGAAUAAAAGAAGAAUACAAGGAAAAGAAAAGUAAAUUGCUGCUAGCCAAAGAGGAAUUCAGAAAACUCCUGGAGGAAUCGAAAGUGUCACCCAGGACCACAUUUAAGGAGUUUGCUGAGAAAUAUGGCCGGGAUCAGAGAUUUCGACUUGUUCAAAAAAGGAAAGACCAGGAGCAUUUUUUCAACCAAUUCAUACUUAUUCUUAAGAAACGAGACAAGGAAAACAGGCUGAGGCUGCGGAAAAUGAGAUGA